AUGGUUCAUGGUCCUCAUGCUCUGUAUGGGGAUUGCGAUGGGGAAACUGAAGAGACUGGCAAAGUCAAGAUGCAAGGAGAUGGCUAUUUAUUGCGGGAAAUAACUCGAGUGAAGCCUAGAAUGGUUAUAUGUGGGCAUAUGCACGGUGCAUAUGGUACCACUGUGAUCCGGCAUGACGGGAUCCAAGAAGUUGAAGAUGGGUUGGAGAUGGACUGGAGAGUAUUUGGACUAAUUGGUGCUCUAAAACUUUCCCUUCGGGGCAAGAUCAAUAGAGAAACGAAAGCGGCGCAUCCGAAAGUGCAAGAGACGCUUGUUGUCAACGCUGCCGUUUCACCAAGUCGAUCGAAUCCCGAUUUCAAAAGCCCCAUCGCCGUUAAUCUUCACUGA